AUGGCUUCUACAAGUAAAAGAAAUUCUGCAGUGGGAACUCAAAAUACAUUUUGCCCUGAAGGUGGAGUCUCCAAGCACGGAUUCCUAAUUAAAUCACCACCCCUUCAACUUUUCAGCUCACAGAAUUCCUGGAAAAGGCGUUUCUUCAUCCUGUCCAAAUCCAGCAAGGGCAAUUACAUCCUGAAGUAUCUAAAAGGCCAGAACAUAAAAGGCUCCAUAGCUGUUGAUCAAAUCAUAAAUGUUGGGGUUGGCAUAAGCAAUUCUGAAAUCAUGGAAACGGUGAGGAAGAUGUUUAAAUGCCUUCCUGAACAGGUGAUGUCCAUCAGUACUGGAAACAGGUGUUACUACCUCAUUGGGAACAGCAGGCAGGAAACAGAGGACUGGGUCACUGUGCUAUCUUCAGCCUGCGGGGAGGCCAAAAGAGGUGGAUGGUGCCCUCAGAAUCAAGAUCUUCCAGAUGCAGAAGCCAGGAGCAGACCCUCCUCUUUGCCACUGUUCUUGAAUUCUGUAGAUACAACCAGCUUCAUGGAGAGGCAAAGCUACCAGAAGGAGAAUGGUUCCUCAGAAGACAAGAGCAGGCCUAAUUCAGAUCCUGGCCCUCAUCAGGCUCAGUGUGACUCAUCAAGAGGAAUUUUUCCAAGUGUGGAUAAACAUCUGGGAAAGAGUGAGGAAAAUCAGCUGUCAUCAGACACAGAUGAAGACAUCAAAAAGGACGAAGAAGAUUAUUACCAAACUCCCAGCAGUAUUUUGGCCAAGUGCACUUCUGAAGCAUCAAGGCCUGACCCUACAGCUGGGCCUGAUGUCCUUGUGCAAGAGAACUCAGUGAAGGAGAACAUUUAUAUGCCAAUGAAAUCACUUAGGUUGCUGGAUGAGAGCUGCCAGCUCAUGUGCAGACAUGGUGGGCUCCCAUCUCCUCACAAAUGCCAGGACAGCAGUCCAAGAGACUUAGAAGCAAAUAGAGAACUAAAAUUCCCAGAAAGCUGCUCCAGCCAGCAGCCAACCCUCCAGAGAAAGCAAACUUCAGUACCACUUUCUGUGGUUCAGUUGUCUGUACUGCUCAGCCAAGUUACAGAUGAGACCCAGCUGCAGAAGUUGGAUAUUUUCAUCCCCCUGGUUGAUAUUAACAGUUACCUAAAACUUACUGAAGCAGCAGGACAUGUAUGUGUCUCACACUGGAGCGGUCCUUGCCGACUGGGAUGCUUGUUUAAUCAUGGAGACCGUAUAGUGGCUGUGAACGAUCUGCAACCCUGGGAUGUGGAGGAGGCUUACUUCUUCAUCAGCAGGUCCACAAGAAAGGAGGUGAAACUUACUAUAUGUAGGAUUCCACAUUCAGAUAUCUUCCAUGUUAAAGGCUGCUCAUGCUCCUGA